AUACAACCGUAAGACCCGCCUCUUGGGGAACUGACAGGCCUCGCCCCUUGGCUGUGCAAACGCAGCGCUCGUGCCAUAAAACAGGGGAACUGCAGCGCCGGCUUUGCAAACUCCGUCCGGCUGCGUAAUUGCAAAGUGGGCUUAAAGCUCGUGCGCUUUUACGCUCAACUUUGGGCCACUUCGGGAAGGACUUCGCUGGUUGACGUCGGGGCAGGAGGAGCAUCGAUGGCGCCCCCGGAGCUGUACCACAAAGAGUUCGCCAGUGCGGGCCACCGGGCUGGGCUGCAGAUCUGGCGGAUCGAGAAACUGGAUCUGGUGCCGGUGCCCGAACCGCUGCACGGCAACUUCUACGUGGGCGACGCCUACUUGGUGCUGCACACGGUCAAGAGGAGCAACGCCACCUUCUACAAUCUGCACUACUGGCUAGGAAAAGAGUGCAGUCAGGAUGAAAGUACUGCAGCAGCCAUCUUUACGGUUCAGAUGGAUGAUUAUCUUGGAGGAAAGCCUGUUCAGCAUCGGGAAAUCCAGGGAUAUGAGUCUACGCAAUUCGUUGGAUAUUUCAAAGGCGGCAUGAAGUAUAAGGCAGGUGGUGUUGCCUCGGGCUUUAAUCACGUCAUCACCAAUGACCUCAGCGCAAGAAGACUUCUGCAUAUCAAAGGCCGGAGAGUGAUUAGAGCCACAGAAGUUCCUCUUAGCUGGGACAGUUUCAACAAAGGAGACUGCUUCAUUGUUGAUCUUGGAACGGAGAUCUACCAGUGGUGUGGCUCUACAUGCAAUAAAUUUGAGCGCCUGAAAGCUACGCAGGUUGCUGUGGGCAUUCGGGACAAUGAACGGAACGGAAGAGCCCAGUUGAUUGCUGUGGAUGAAGGAAGUGAGCCAAAAGAACUCCUAAAGGUCUUGGGACGGAAACCAGAACUUCGUGAGGGUGAUGAUAACGAUGAUGAAGCUGCUGAUAUUACCAACAGGAAAAGCGCCAAACUCUACAUGGUAUCAGACGCCAGUGGAUCCAUGAAGGUUUCGAUUGUUGCAGAGGAGAAUCCUUUCUUGAGGGCAAUGCUUUUGUCUGAAGAGUGCUUUAUACUGGAUCACGGAGUAGCUAGGAAGAUAUUUGUGUGGAAAGGUAAGAAUGCUAAUCCAAGUGAGAGGAAAGCAGCCAUGAAAUCGGCUGAAGAAUUCAUUCAGCAAAUGAACUAUCCUGCCAACACUCAGAUUCAGGUUCUUCCAGAAGGAGGUGAAACACCGAUCUUCAAGCAGUUCUUCAGAGACUGGAAAGAUAAGGAUCAAAGCGAUGGCUUCGGAAAAGUGUAUGUCACAGAGAGAGUGGCAAGGAUUGAGCAGGUCGAGUUUGACGCUACCAAGUUGCACGAGUCUCCGCAGAUGGCAGCCCAGCACAACAUGGUCGACGAUGGCUCUGGGAAAGUGGAGAUUUGGCGCGUCGAAAGCAAUGGCAGAAUCCCUGUAGAACCUCAGAGCUACGGACAGUUUUAUGGUGGAGAUUGCUACAUCAUACUGUACACCUAUCCCAAAGGACAGAUAAUCUACACAUGGCAAGGAGCUCAUGCCACCCUAGAUGAGUUGACUACUUCAGCAUUCUUGACAGUCCAGCUCGACCGGUCACUAGACGGGCACGCAGUCCAGAUCAGAGUCAGCCAAGGCAAGGAGCCCCUGCACUUGUUGAGUUUGUUCAAAGACAAACCGCUCAUUGUUUACAAGGAUGGGACAUCCAAGAAAGGCGGACAGAAGCCUGCUGCUCCAACACGCUUGUUCCAAAUCCGCAGGAACCUAGCAUCCAUCACCAGGAUUGUCGAGGUUGAUGCAGAUGCCACUUCGUUGAAUUCCAAUGAUGUUUUUGUUUUGAAACUGCCAAGUAAUGCUGGGUAUACCUGGAUUGGGAAAGGAGCAAGCAGAGAAGAAGAGAAGGGGGCGCAGUAUGUAGCUGGUGUCCUCAGGUGCCAAACCUCAAGGAUUGAAGAAGGCCAGGAACCAGAGCCAUUUUGGAGUGCCCUUGGUGGAAAGAAAGAAUACCAGACAUCUGCACAGUUACUAACUGAGUCCGAAGACCAUCCUCCACGUCUUUAUGGCUGUUCUAAUAAGACCGGCAGGUUUAUUAUUGAGGAGGUUCCUGGAGAAUUCACUCAGGAGGACUUGGCUGAAGAUGAUGUCAUGCUGCUAGAUACUUGGGAUCAGGUAUUUGUCUGGAUUGGUAAGGAUGCAAAUGAAACGGAACGCACUGAAUCAGUUAAAUCAGCCAAACGCUACAUUGAGACUGAUCCUUCUGGGCGAGAUAAAGGGACUCCACUUGUCAUUGUGAAGCAAGGUUACGAACCCCCCACAUUCACAGGCUGGUUCUUGGGCUGGGAUUACAACAAAUGGAAAAACUGAAGCUUCUACUGCAGAAGAGAUAUCCCAGGACAGCCAUUCUCUGGCAGCUUUAAGCAUGUGUUUGCAAAUCACUGUAUAUGUUGCUGCUGUCGUGGUCCAUGUGCCAGUUAUGUGUGUGUGUGUGUGUGUGUGUGUGUGUGUGUGUACAGCACAGAGGUUGCCAAUAUUUUUGUAAACUGGAAAAACUGCUGUGGGCACCACACACAAGAGAGUGAAGGACCUGUCAGCUUUGGUUCUCUCAGUUUCUCAUUUUUGAAUUCUGUUCUCCACAUUUCUGCAGCAACUUGCAAUUUUUUAAAAGAGAUCCUCAUGAAAAUUCUUAAGUGUUUUCUUAAGAAUUUAUCACAACAAACACAUUUUUGUAUGCA